CGCAUUUUGGACAGAAGCAAUGCCUACAUGAUCCAUUAGACUGUAAGUGCCUUAAUUGCAAAGUGGAUGCUUUUGCUCAAUUAUGAAUAGGCUAAUGCAGAUUUUGGACACGAAUAUUUCCAAGGAUUUUAAUAAUAAUAAUAAUAGUAACAACAACAAUAACUGUUCAGAAAGAAUAAAAAUUAUAUUUAUUAAAGAAAACGUCCAAAUUAAGUUUGAAACAGUCAAUAAAUGUGUUCCGAUUCGACGUGCGCUCACGCGCUCUUCUCAUGUGCACUUGAGUGCAUGCGAUGAGUUGCUAUAGCGACGCGUGUUAUGAAUUCUGACUGAAUAUAUACACUGGAACCGAUCACUGUCUGUUGGUUGAGAGACGAGGCGAAUUUACAGACUUUUGCAGAGUAUUUUCUGUGCGAAUCUUGUGACUUUGAAGCUGCUGGAGGAUUUCUGAGAGGAGACUUUUAUUCUAGAAGACAUCGCAGGAUAUAUCCUUUUUAUAUAAAGUUAUAUUUUUGAAAGAAUUCCUAUUAUUUUUGAGGAUACUUUUAUUUUAUUGUUCUUCUCUUAGUUUAGAAGGAGUUUGUUUUUAUUUCUUCUUUUUUUUAUUAUUAAUUUUUGUUUUGUUUCAUUUUUUUAUUUUCUGUGGAGGAGUAUUUUUGAGGAGAGUUGUAUUUUAUUGUAUUGCAUUUUGUAUUGUAUUUUGUAUAGUUUUUAUUGCAGAUUGCAGGAAGAUGUCGACGGCUCAUAUGAUGGGUGAAAGAGGAGGUCAGGCUGUCAGGUCCGCCGACAGCUUCGAUGGAUGGCUGUGCCCUCCGCUGCCAGGUCAAGUUCCUGUCGAGCCAAAGAAGACGUCACGUGGCCUAACUGCCCGGGGUGCCAUGGGGGCUUCUCCUGUGAACAAGAGGUCAACAGAAAAACCUACAGAACGCAGGAAGAGGAAACAAAUUCGUUCUUUCCUCAACAGGCCGUGGAAGGCGAUGAAGAGUCCUUUCCGGUGCUGUUGCCCCUGUAGUGAUGUGGAUGUUGUGAAGCCUUUUGUCCCUUCACCAGAUCUGGAGCCAGAGCCUGAUCCCGAGCCACCGUCACCUGCUCCAGAUCUGGAGCCAGAGUCUGAUCCCGAGCCACCGUCACCUGCUCCAGAUCACUCCGGCGUCAAGACAAUUAAUGAGUCCUUUGAGUCUCUUUAUAACGUGGGAGAGAUGCUUGGAUCCGGAGGAUUUGGCAGGGUGUACGAGGGAACGCGCAAAUUUGAUGGCAAAAAGGUUGCCAUCAAGGAGAUGCUCAAGAUUGACAACGAUCGUUAUCUUCAUAUUCCUGGGCACCCCAAACCUCUCGUUACCGAAGUGGCGCUGUUGCUGAUGAUGAGGCGAGAACCCAUAAGCCCCUACGUCAUACAUCUAUACGAGUGGUUUGAACAUCCUCAAACGUUCACUCUCGUUAUGGAGUACCCGGAACCCUGCGAGAGCCUGCGUGCCUUCAUCACCCGUAACCCUCGACUGUGUGAACCAGCCGCACAGGUCAUCGUGCUACAGGCCAUGAUGGCGGUACUACACUGCAUCGAGCGUGGUGUUUUUCACCAUGACAUCCAUGCUCAGAAUUUCCUGUUGAACAAAGACACGUUUCGUCUCAAGCUGAUAGACUUUGGCUGCGGUCAGCUAUUUAGUAGUGAUGGCUACGAGAGCAAAAUAUACAUCGGAGCACCGACUUACUGCCCACCUGAAGUCCUGACCGAACCUCGCUUCCACGCCAUCCCAACAAAUGUCUGGGCCCUAGGAGUCUUGUUGUAUAAGAUGGUGAACGGAUGUCUUCCUUUUCGCAGUAGAAGAGAAAUCACACAGGCCAAAAUUACAUUUCAGAACUCCACAUUAUCCGAAGAAUGUACAGAUCUGAUUAGCCAGUGCCUAGCCCGGGAUCCCACUAAACGGCCGACGUUAGAGCAGAUGUUUCAGCAUGAAUGGAUUACAAGUGAUCUAGAUUGGGGAAGUUCAGGAGAUUCAAUCCGUCUGUGAUUUCAGGAAAUAACAUACUUGCUGUCCUUGGUGGAAGACUUGACCCGAAGCCUGAAGUCCAACCCCAACCUGACAGGGAACUCGGAGCCCGUCCACGUCUGAGCGAGAACACGAGACUGCGAGACUGGAACCAAAUCAUCAAGCAUCAUCACAGCCACAUUUGCUUUGUUUUAAAAUGAAUUUUUGCUUUGUUUUUAAAGAAAGUCAAGACACCUCAUCUUUAUUUAUAUAGCGCCUCGUAUAUGACCAAUCUGUACAUAUGUAUAUAUCAUUUUUGAAUUAAAGAAAUGUUUUUUAAACAGUCUUGGCCUAGGAGGAACCUUUGAAGUGAAAAGGCAAAGACCUAUUUUUGUGCUUCCCAAAAUAAAACUAAAUAAAAAUGUAAAUAAAACUCUACAUGAUAUCAAAUGUUUGGAGGUUUCACCAUGGCAACAAGAACUCCUUGGUCUUUAAAAAUGACUGACAUUAAUUUAGUGAUCAAAUUUAGCACUCUUAAAUAUGAUCAAAAUGUUGUAAUCAUAAUAACUAAACCUCAAAUUGUCAUACUGUAAAUCAACAUCUCCGUAAAAUGUUAUGGAGUUUCUAAUAGAAAUAUGACUUUCUGUAACAAAACAGGGCAUUGAUUUUGUACAUGUGACAAUCAUGUUUAUCCAACAUCAGGCAUUUUGGGAGACACAAGUGAAUAGGGAAAGAAAUUAAAUAUCAAUAUUCCUAUGAAAUAUUAGACAUUAUUAUGAAAAUGUUGCCAAUUAUUACACUUCUUUUUUCAUUACAUGUUGCCCCAAGAACACAUUCAUAUGCAAAUUAGAUACAGUAUAUAGAUACAUUGUAUCGAUUGUAUCACAUCUAAGGCCAUUUUACCCACACAUUGCAUCAAGUAAAACGGUAUAUCAAUCAAUUCCGUUAUAUCUUUGAUUAAUUGAGAAUCAUCUUUAUAAAAGUUUGGUUAAAAAAAAAAAAAAAAAAAAUCCUGAACCCUAAAAAUUGAUUUGUAAAUGGCAUGUAUAUUGUUUUUGCCUAUACAUGUCAUUUCAUGUCUUUUUAUUGUUUUAAACAACCGAGUCCUGGUGUCCACUACAGAGGACAUACUGUAGCAUAACAUAUGAAUAAAAUAUAUUUAAAAAAAAAAAAUCCCCAUUUGUUUAUCACGCUCUAAACAAUGUCAUGACAUGAAAAAUACUAAAUUCAAACAACCUUUUGUUUUUUCGGGCUCUCAGUAGGAAACAUUACAUUGUCCAUCUGAUCCAACUAUGUAUAUUAUUAAUUUUCAUUUCACAAAAACACUCAAUUUAAUUGCAAUUCAGUUGUCUCCUGUCUUUCUCAAACCAUAUUUAAGUUAUUAACUGUUUAACUCUGCGCUGUCAUGUGCCGAUUCAGGACUGAAAUAUUACGGAGGUAGAAACCACAUCAAAUGUAGGGUGAAUGAAGGGUGAUUGGGACACAAGGUCAGAUGGGACAGUAACUAUAUAGAAUUUAUUUUCUCACCUGAUGAGUGAAAA